AUGCAGUUUCUUGAAGAGCCAAUUGAAAGGCUCAAGAAUUUUUACGGAAAAAACAAAAGCAUAUGUCUAGCUAUAGGCGCUGUUGUGUGCAGUUUUGCUGCUUUCAAGACUGUGCGCACAUUCUUCAAUGUUUUCCAUCUAAUGCGCGCUCGAUCCAGCUUUGGCGAUCUGCAGCCAGGUAUUGUGCACCUCUUUAUCUACCGCCGUUGGUCCCGUGGGCCAAACUUCUUUCCACACUGCGUAAAAAUCGAGACCUUUUUACGAUUGGCCAAUAUCCCCUAUGUUGCACACCUUGUGGAUGAUUCAAGCCUCUCACCAAACACUCAGAUGCCGUUUAUUGUGUGCGAUGGAAUGCCGCUGGCGGGCAGUGACUUCAUUAUUCAAUACUUGACAACACGGUUUAAUGUGUUGAUGGAUGAUCACCUCACGCCGCAGGAACGUUCUGCGGGGAGGUUGCUGCAGAAGAUGGUGGAAACGCGGAUUAACAACGGCCUCAACCGCCUAAUUUUUAUCGAAGACCAAAAUUGCGCGAAAAAAGUACUUAACGAGACGAAAGCGUUUCCACUCAGCUCCAUUCUUUUAGCGCGUAAUAUACGUAGAUCCAUUUUGAAGGAGUUGGACUUCGCUGGAUACGCUCAAAUGGAGCGUAAGAAGCAUGACGAGGAGUUUCUGGACGCUGUGCAAUCUCUGGAGCGGUGCCUUCGCCAAACCCUAUUUACCUUCGGUGUGCGGCCGACUUCGUUUGAUUGCUCCGUGUAUGCGUGGCUGCAUGUGGCUCGGGAACUGGGUCCGCAUGGGCUAGCACUUACCUUUAUAAAAAAAAGUGAUACGAUUGGCCAGUACAUUGAUCGCAUGACGAACGAGGCCUUUCGGGAUCUUAAGGCAUUAAAAAAUUCGCCUGAUAUACAACAAUUCGGGGCUAGUGCGUGA